AAACUGACACUUUCUUCUCUUAUAUAAUCUGUGAUAUCCAUGGAAAAUCCGAUGCUGAAUAAUUGAGUCAACCAUGGCUAUGGAGGCAUGGUACAUGGAUGAGAGCGAUGCAGACCCAAGGCUUCCUCACCAUUUGUGCCCCAAAGAGUCUGUUCCUUUGGAACAUUUGGCUGAGCUGGGUGUGCUCUACUGGCACUUGAACCCCCAGGACUAUGAGAACGAUGAAAAACUUCGCCAGAUUAGAGAAACUAGGGGUUACAAUUACAUGGAUUUGCUUGACAUAUGCCCUGAGAAAUUGGACAACUAUGAGGAGAAGCUGAAGAACUUCUACACAGAGCACAUUCAUGGUGAUGAAGAGAUACGUUACUGUUUAGAAGGAUGUGGAUACUUUGAUGUCCGAGAUAAGGAUGACCGGUGGAUUAGAAUCUGGAUUAAGGCCGGCGAUCUUAUCAUUUUACCUGCCGGAAUUUACCACAGGUUCACUCUAGAUACCAGCAACUAUAUAAAGUUGAUGAGGUUGUUUGUGGGAGAGCCUGUGUGGACUGCUUACAAUCGACCACAGGAAGAACAUCCAGCCAGAAAGGAGUACAUUGAGAGCUUCACUAAGAAAGUUGGAGUGGCAUUGGAAGCUCAUUGAAAGGCUUCUUAUACUGUUCUUGGUAUUAUGAUGGAAGCUAUACAUAUGCACCUUUGUAGUUCUCUCGGAUCUUUCGACAAUAUUGGAUGUAAUAAAUGAAAAUCUCAUGACCCUUUGCUAGUAGUAUCAUACGUUGUCUUGCUCUUUCGUUUUUCGAUCUUUUACUUCAUCUUUUCUACA